UGUCACGGUGACUCGGAAGCUGAAACGUUCAAUGUACCUGGAGUUCGUAUUUACUAUGAGCGACAUUCAUAUGGACCACCAUAUUCGAGUUGAUCUUACGAAGACCGGGGAAAUGAGACGCGGAAUGCCUCCCAAAGAUAUACUUGCAAGCAAGACACUUGGUAGAUCUAGACGUCUCCCACUCAACCUCCACUAAGUCACGGUUAGGCCCAUCAGUAAAUCCACAAGUAUUUAUGGACUCCCAUGUCGAAUCUACUGGGUUGCAUGCUAAACCCGUAGCCUACAUCUUCUCAGAAGACCUAGUCAAAAUAUCUUCACGUCUACCUUCCAAUAGAAACCGUUCUCUCCUCGUCUAUUCGCUCGUUCACGCAUAUGGACUUCUGAAAACAUGCAUUGGUCAAGUAUCCCGACGAUUCAUGGUUGUGCGGCCACGGCCUGCUAGCAAGAAGGCGCUCUUGGCUUACCAUACUCGUGACUAUCUCGAAUACGCCAUGAAUCAAUCAAGCGAUGCGCAGAACCUGCUAGAGGCUUCAGAGUUUGGGCUUGAAGAGGACUGCCCCAUGUUUCAUGGAAUCGAGGACUAUAUUACGCAAGUUGCGGGAGCUACCUUGACCGGAGCAGCUGUAAUCAGAAACGAUGUUUCGGACGUAGCCAUCUGCUGGGAUGGCGGAAGACAUCAUGCCAAAAAAGCACAGGCUUCAGGUUUUUGUUAUGUAGCUGACUGUGUUCUCGCUAUCCUCUUCCUCAAACGAACAACUCCUUCUGCGCACCCGUUGAAGAAACCACGUGUGAUGUAUCUCGACCUCGACCUUCAUUUUUCAGAUGCAGUAUCACAAGCUUUUUACAAACCUGGUUCCACGACUUCUGCUCAAGUUCUUACCCUAUCUAUUCAUCACGCAGCUCCCGGCUUUUUUCCUGUAUCCCCCCUCGCUUCCCUUCCAGACGUCGAUGACCUGACCUUCGACCCUUUCACUUUAUCAGUGCCUCUUAAAGCCGGUGCAUCCAACAAAACAUUUCUCCGCAUUUGGCCUAUCAUCGAACGUGUCAAGGACGCCUUUCGGCCUGAUUUCAUUAUAGUUCAGUGUGGCUUAGAUGGCCUUGCGGGUGAUCCCAUGGCAACCUUCAAUUGGUCCUUGGGUGGCGAAGGCUCGUUCGGCUGGUGCAUACAUCGUGUCGUUCACGAAUGGCAAGGGAAAAAAAUGUUACUCGGCGGAGGUGGUUAUAACACACCCAAUGCUGCGCGAGCUUGGACAUAUCUCACAUCUGUAGCAGGCGGAAUUCCGUUACCCCUAGACUCUGAUAUCCCUGAGUAUUCUGGUUACCUCCACUUCAAGCCAUCAUUUACAUUGGAUAUACCCACUGGCAACAUGCGAGAUCAGAACACGGAGGAGUACUUUCAGACCAUAGAAGGCACAUAUGAAGGUAUACUGUCGGUAUUGGAGUCACGAAUGGUUUCAUAAACACUCUAAGCAAUGGGUAUGACAGCUGACUGCAAUUGGUAUAUGUUAGAAACAUUGUGACAAGCAAGCCACACAACAACAUGCUCCUCCUACUGGCUUUCACAAUUGCUCCUUGCCAAUUCUCAGGUUGAUCUCCAAACUCACUUAGUGGAUUGCUUUAGUUUGAAUAAUUACAGGAGCAGCAACAACUCUAGCUGAUUUGUG